AUUGAGGUCGCUGUCUUUACCAAGCAGCAGUGCCUUGUCUCUCCCUCUAUUGCUCCACUGCAUUGAAGAAACAGAAAGCUAAACAGAUGUUAUAAGUUUCGUUUCUCAUUUGAUCUAAUUCCCCUCAUAUUGCCCAACCUCUACCCCUGUCUCUCAGGAUGUGUUGCACCAGAGGGCAGUGCUGUUAAAUGCUCCAUUGUGAGGGUGUAUAUAUACUGAGUAAACGUGUUGGCAGUAAUAUUGGAUUAAAACACAGACUGCGUGAUACACACAGUGGGAGCCUCCCAAAUAUUUUUCUCCCGUUAUGAACUCUCUACCAUCCUACUCAGGAGCUAGAAUAUCUGGCUGUUGGACUCUAAGAUCUGAUGGCAGUGGAGGUGGUGAGGGAUCACUGGAUCGGCUUCUUCCCACGAUAACCACAGGCCUUUCACCCAGGAAACGGACCACCAGCCAGUGCAAGUCUGAGCCUCCUCUCCUGCGCACCUCCAAAAGAACCAUCUACACCGCCGGCCGCCCACCAUGGUACAACGAGCACGGAGCACAGUCCAAGGAGGCCUUUGUCAUUGGUUUGUGUGGUGGCAGCGCUUCAGGAAAGACAACCGUAGCUAGGAAAAUAAUUGAAGCUCUAGAUGUGCCAUGGGUUGUCUUACUUUCAAUGGACUCUUUCUACAAGGUCCUGUCCCCAGAACAGCAGACUAUGGCUGCCAGUAACGACUAUAACUUUGACCACCCUGAUGCCUUUGACUUUGAUCUGCUGACCCACACCCUGCGCAAACUCAAGCAGGGCAAGAGUGUGAAAAUCCCCGUAUACGACUUCACAACUCACGGCAGACAGAAGGAGUGGAAAACGGUGUAUGGAGCCAGUGUUAUCAUCUUUGAAGGAAUCAUGGCCUUCGCCGAUAAAAAGCUCUUGCAGUUGCUGGACAUGAAGAUCUUUGUGGACACAGACUCUGACAUCCGGCUGGUGCGUCGGUUGAGGAGAGACAUCACCGAUCGAGGCCGAGACAUCGAGGGCGUCAUCAAACAGUACAACAAGUUUGUGAAGCCAGCGUUUGAGCAGUACAUUGAACCCACCAUGCGGCUGGCUGAUAUUGUGGUGCCACGGGGCGGUGGCAACAUGGUGGCCAUCGAUUUGAUUGUGCAGCAUGUCCACAGUCAGCUGGAGGAGAGGAAACUUCGCUGGGAUAUGGCAGCACUGGCUUCUGCACACCAGGCCCAGCCCCUCCCCCAGACCCUCAGUGUUCUGGACAGCACACCCCAGGUUAAGGGCAUGCACACCAUCAUCAGAAACAAGGAAACCAGCCGUGAUGAGUUCAUCUUCUAUUCCAAGAGGUUGAUGCGUCUGUUGAUUGAGCGAGCACUCUCCUUCCUCCCCUCGCAGGUCCAUGUAGUGCAGACCCCCCAGGGAGAAGAUUAUGAAGGCAGGGCGUUCCACGGGAAGAGGAUCACGGGUGUGUCCAUUCUGCGCGCCGGGGAGACCAUGGAGCCCGCUCUGAGGGCGGUGUGCAAAGAUGUCCGCAUCGGCAAAAUCCUCAUCCAAACCAACCAGGACACAGGAGAACCAGAGCUUCAUUACCUGCGGCUACCAAAAGACAUCAGUGAAGACCACGUGAUUCUGAUGGACUGCACUGUGUCCACUGGAGCUGCUGCAAUGAUGGCUGUGCGAGUCCUCCUGGACCAUGACGUUCAGGAGGACAAGAUCCUACUUGUGUCUUUGCUAAUGGCAGAGAUGGGAGUCCAUUCAGUGGCGUACGCAUUCCCACAGGUCCAAAUCAUCACCACAGCUGUUGACAAGAAAGUCAACGAUCUCUUCCACAUCAUACCCGGCAUUGGAAACUUUGGGGAUCGAUACUUUGGAACCGAUGCACCCCCUGACUGGAGCGACGAAGAGAUGGAUGAGCCCAGUUACUGAUUACAUUUUUAGCAGUGUACUAACUUAUUAGGUGAUUCAGAGCCGUUCACCUCAGAGGACAACAUAAGGACAUAGUCUUUGCUGCUGUCGGGCUCUAACGUGCGUCCUUCAAGGGCCAAACCAAACCAGGUGCCCUGACAGAUCAACUGAAACAGAACAAACCAUUGCCUAAGUACAGUCACCUUGUUUCAGUUAUAAAGUAUAUUAUUUUAUCUUAUGUAAAUGCUCUUGUGAAAAGUUGAGUUAUGAAGUAUGAAAUAUUUUUAUACAUACAUUUAGUCCAAAUAUUUAAUUGUACUUUUUAAAUUAAUGCCAUCUAUGACAUUUGCUGGCAUGUUGGUUCGAAAAGAUAUCAACUGAAUGUGAAUUUGCUCGUGCCGUAAAAGAAAAAAGACAUCAAGCUUUUAAGGUUAUUUUAAACCAUAUACCUCACAACUUUCUCAAAAGUAAAAUCGGAACAUGAACUUAUGUUGCUCAACUUCCAUCGCCAUAGGCACUUUCUGAAGACCAUUCGAUCGAAACAAUGCGUGGGUGUAGUUGUCUUUCUUUCAGCUCUGUGGUUCAUAUUUUUCCACUUUGUGGAUGCUGACCCAACCAGCUAGGUUAGAGAAGCCUUUUUCAUUUUACAGCCAGAAGUAUGCACUCGUGGCAUAUAUUUAUGCAGCAUAUCAUUCAUUUACAUACUUUCUAUGUAUAGACCUGACCAGUCAGCAGGCAAGUCAAGUAUCUUUUUAGCUGCAAUGAAAAUGGGUCAUCUGCAUUCAACAAAAAAUGAUUUAGUGUUUAUUUCAGUGCAAUAACUCCUGAUUAAUGCCUCUAUAUGUGGUGCAGUAGCUGGAAUUGGUUCGUAUAAAGGGGGCUGUUGAGAUAUAUGAACUCAGAACACCAACAUGUCCAAAAGUGUGGCGUUCACAAAGCCGUGCCAGUGCCUGAUACUUAAUAUAAGUAUUGAAAUGAAGGAGGUUUGUCUGUCAAAGUUGGUGCCCCUUUAGCUUUUUUAAAUGUUUGCCAGGGUUUUGACGCAAUCCAUAAUGUUCCUUAAUUUGGUUAUUUGAUUUGAUGCAAUGAGAAAUCAGAAGAAGAGCGUUGAAUAUUCAUUUGGAAAUCAUAAUGUGUUUUCAUUAAUAGGAUCUUCAACAAGUUCACAAUAACUUAUUAUUUAAUGCAUUUGUUUUAAAACAAUCUUCAUAUAGACAUAUAUAUAAGUAAGUAUUAAAGCUAUUUAUUUUUACAUUUUACAUUUUGGAGAAAAAAUAAGUGUACAACCUUAAGGGGAAAAAAACACAAACAUUAGCUGUGAAAAGUCAACUUCAGCCACGUCAGCUACAAGCACUGAUACGGCUGUCGGUUCACCAUUACCAUUUGUCCCCCAGUCUCAGCGUUGACUGCGUGCUGUUAUGUGUGUACUGCUGCUGCAUGUUUUUAUAUGUUCAAUAAAAGUGCAGUCUAGCUUUUUAAA